UGUAUAUGCAAUUAAUAUUUUGGCUUGGAUACUGAUCUGAGGAAUAUGUCAAUGUUACGAAACGAAGCUAACUUUUCCGAAGUGUUUGUCUUCGCCCAAUACUUUCUUCAUAUUUGAUCGUUGGAAAAGAUAUUGGAGAUAAAAUUCCCGAUGAAACAGUUGGCAGUACUUAUGUGUUGCCUCUGCUUUUUAAUCGCGAUCGUGACAGCUAGUGGCCAAGAAUUAAGGCUUCUAACACACGUGUUCAACGAAAGCCGAUACGACAAGAGAAUUUUACCGAAUAUGAAGCAGAGUGGACCGGUGGAUGUUAUUGUCGGACUAACAAUUUACCGCAUUGAAGAUUUGGUUGAGAAAGAACAGCAGCUCGUUACACACGCAGUACUUCACCUGACUUGGAACGACCCACAUUUAGGCUGGGAGAAAUCAGAAUUUGGUGAAAUUGAAAAUAUCACAAUAGAUAAUGGUCAAAUAUGGAUACCAGAUAUCGUGCUGUAUAACAGUGCGAACGAAGAUUAUUCAUCUAGACGGCUGGGUCGAAUGCGACCUAUCAUUCAUCACACCGGAAAUGUGACACUAGACUGCCCUGUCGUACUGUAUACUCUGUGCAGGAUUGACGUCGCCGACUAUCCAAUGGACCGACAAAAAUGUAAUCUUGUUUUUGGAUCAUGGUCACAUCGUUCGACCGAAGUCAGAGUAACAAGCCAGCCAAAUAAAUUCGAUCUCAGUCGCUAUAUCGACAAUGGUCAAUGGAAAAUCAUUGGAACGACCUUCGAACAGCAUUUGCAACUUUAUGACAACAGAAGCAAAGGAUUUUACGACGUCACGUUUGAAAUCUUCCUGUGUCGACGUGUGCUGUAUUACGCGAUGUACUUGAUAAUACCUGGAACGUUAAUAGCUCUGCUGUCGGCAAUCAUAUUCCUUCUUCCCCAAGACUGCAGUGAGCGAAUAACCGUAGGGAUGGCGAUCUUGGUCGCGCUUUCCUUUUUCUAUUUGCUUGUGUCAGAGACCAUGCCUGCGUCGGGGAAAGUUUCCGUGGUUGGGGAAUUUUAUGCUGCGACGAUGAUUGAAAUGACAAUAUCGUUCUUUCUCAAUGUUCUCAUUCUGCGGUUUCACCAUAUGACGGAAGAAAAAGUCCCACGUUGGGUCAAGAAAUAUAUUUUAAACUACGGCGCAAGAUUCCUAAGAAUGACGUUUCGCAUUGACUACCAACAACUCAAAAUUCGACCAUCACACAAGAUUAUGAAGAAGAAGCAGAUCCUUAUGACCCGAAAACAGGACUUCUACCGCGUUGUAGACGAGGAGGUGGAUCGAAAGCUUUAUGAUGAGAUGAUAGCUGAUGACAAAGCUAUUGCAGACGUGAUCGAAACAGAAAUAGAAUUAGCAGAAAGAGACGCCGAGUGGAAGAAGGCAGCCGAAGUGUUAAAUAUCUACUCGCUUCUCAUCCAUAUUCUCGUUGUAAUAUUUACAUUUUGUUUCGUGUUCAUCGACUCGAGUCCUCGCUAAAUGAAAUGCCGCACUUAGCUAUGUUUAAUACAAGAAUAUUAAUAACAUGGAUCUGUCCAUUCCAUGCACUAUAGCAUCACGACCUCUAUAUAGGUUCUGAACAUGUAAUUGACAAAAUUAUUAUCUAAAAUUCUCAUGUGACGUGCAUGGUUAUAUUAUCAUCCUCGUAAACCGGACUAGCCUUGACCCUUGCUGAUAUUCAAACACACAAAGCCUCAACGAUACGUAACGCUCAUUAUGAUAACACAACUUAUAUAGAGUCAUGUGAAUCCUGUAUUUUAUGCACAUGCAGUAGCUAAUGUGUUCACGCACACAUACAUGCAUGCAUGCAUGUACACAGAUCACAAUGAGUUUGUUGUAUUACAAAGCAUGCAAUAAAAAAACCGGCACCAUACCAAAAAAUAGGAUCAAACAUUUUCUCCCGUUUUUUAACUCCUAUACAUACAGGUCAUUGGAAGGCGAAGAUUUUACAAGGGCAAAAGCUAGUAUAGUGUAAAGUCGUCCACAUAAUAGACAACAUUAGACCAUAGUAGACAACAUUAGAUCAUAGCAGACAACAUUAGACCAUAUAGUAUAGACAACAACACGAGUGUCAAUAAGCUACGGGCUAAACUCGCUGGGAGUUAAGUAUAUUAUAUAAGUUGCGAUCGAAUGAUAAAACAGUCAAAGUUAGGAAAAUAAAUUCAAUAGAAUAGGCAGCAAGGCUUUUGUAGCACCGUGCAUGUUUAUCUAAGUGCUUUGGCUUUGCAUGGCUUUGUGGUUAAUUUGAACCACGCGGUUCAAGACUACAGUCUAUUUUUGCUCGUAUAUGAACAUCUCAUAUACAGACAUACAAUAUAUAAUACAUAUAACAUUGAAUAAAUAUUUCAUGUAUAAGAUUAUAGAGUUACAUU